AUGAUCUCGCCAUACGACUCGACAUAUUCCUCUCGUCCAGCGCUGGCUCGCAAGCGCACCUCCGACAAAGUGCAAACCGAGCAGCCAGACAUGGACCCUGCGUCACCCUCUGGUAGCCAAGAUGGCAAAGGCAAGACGAGGGCACGCAUCAACAUGGCCUGCAUCCACUGCCGCCACAGGAAAAUCAAAUGCGAUGGUACACAGCCUGCCUGUGCUACCUGCGUGCGUCUGCGCAGGGAGUGCGAGUACGAACCCGUCACUGAGUAUGAGAACCUCGUGUCUCGGGAACGCAAGCGACGAAAUAAGGAGAAGAAGGCAGCACGCAUGGCUUCGCUCGGCAUCUUUGCUGGACAGUCGCCCCUGUCGAUGUUGCACCCCGCCACAACGCUUGGUUUGCCAUCAACACCGCUCGCGCACUAUGGCGAUCUUUCGCAGCAAAACAUGACGCCAGGGUUCGUGUCGGUGUCGGACCCUCGCUCAGAGACCGCAAGCGUCGAGUCGCAAUUUGGGCCACGCCGACGCCGCGGCAUCUCUGAUACGCAGGCAGCCACCAUGCAGCACAGGCUCGGCCCGUUCACGUCUCCGCUGCCUGACGCCGCCUACCAGCAUGCAUCUGUCUCGCAACCACCCACACCUGCACAGGCCUAUCGCUACUAUCAGUCGCUGGCCGUCUCGCCGGCACAGGACCAACUGCACGCCGACUUCUUCUCUUUGUCAACACCGUUCGUGCCGCCCACCAGUUCAGGGCCUUUCUUCAGUUCUGUCCAAUCCUCGCCCGCCAUUGCUCAUGCUCAACAGAUGAUGGCAUCGCCUCAGAUUGUUGACCUGAUCGGACUCAGCUCGUCGACGUCGGUGCCUGAAGUGCCCUCUGGCUGCGCCAGCGCCACUGAGGCCGACUUCAACCUGGGCAUGGUCGAUAUGUCGGGUGUACCGAUGGUGGUGCCCACAUCGGCGCACGUCCGACCAGUGGACCUUCCAGCGCCGCACGGACACUUUGACUUUGCCAGCAUCCCUUUCCCCACGCAGGAUACUUUCUCGUUGGAGCUUCCACUGGCUUCGUUGCGCAGACGCAGCUCGAUCCAUCUGCCCGUCGGCACUGCUGAUGCCUUCAGGAGGCCAUCGGUGGCAGAGGUAGCCACCGCUGCCCUCAUGCAGCGAGUGGCGGUCAAGCGCGCCGAAAAGAUCGACACAGACAUCAAGCAGCUCGCCGACAACCUCUUGACUCCCGACGCUUCCGGUAUUGUGGCCUGGAACGUCCACGUCCAGUCGCAACUACCUGCUUCCAUGGCUUCGUGGAGUGGCUUCCAAACUACCGGCAAAAUAGCACCUUCGCAGCCGGCCAGCAACUCGGAGUACGUUCCUGUGACGAUGCCGACCAGCCGCUCCAACUCGGACGGGCUUUUGUCUCUCGAUGCCCUCUCCCCACCUGCGCCGCUCAUUACAGGUUUGGUCAAAGCCGAACCCGGCACCGAAGAGAUCAGCGCAGCCUCCUCUUGCAGCGUGAGCUCGAGCACCGCCGAUACCGCGUCGCUCACUGCCGAGGUGCCCAUGUUGGAUCCUUCGUACUUCCCCAACAACGAUCUGUCGCGCGAGAUGUCGCCCUUUGCUCUCUCACCGUCUUCGGGCAACAGCAGCAGUGGUAUGCAGAGCUCCCUCUUGUCGCAGGGAGCUUGGUCGACGUCGCUGCCGUUGCUCUCGCCCGUCUCGGAACUCAACAACACUUUCCACAGCUUCAACGUGUUUUCCACCAACGCAGCAGCGGCGGCCACGACUAAUCCCACACAGCAAUUUAAAACUGAAGACGACUUGACCAGCAUGCCUGGCUUUGCUUUCAAUUCUACCUUUUAG